UACACGAGCAGCUCCAAUUCGUGCAAUGGCCGACUGAAUUGGAGUAGUGUGGCGUGUGGGGGACGGCGCGGGCAGCGGGCCCCCAGUGCCCUGGGGGUUUGGACGAUGCAUUCUGCCCGAGCAUUUACACAGGCCAACCGGGCCACCCUCCGGUGCGCUGCGACAUGUCGUCUGCGUGAUGCUUGGCCAAGGACAGCCUGUGUGGGGGAAGCUUGGGUUUGCCUCUGUCGGGGUGGGAAAUGGAUGAGUAGUAGUAAGACAGAGCAGACGGAGCUCCGUCGCGUGCAAGCUUGUUCCUCGACGCUGCUCGUCGGCGCAUGCGCACGGGCGGUCAAAUGA